UCGCAUAAAAUGAAAAAAACCGUGAUGUGUAGUUCUAGCGCCUCCACAUGUCGGGAUUAAUUAGGAAAAAGUAAUGGAAGCUAUUUAAGCUGCAUUACCAAAAGGUUAUGGCACUGCAAACUUUUCAUAUGGCACCUAUUUGACAGUUCGCACGCAGUUUUCUCGUGUAUAUCUAAGCAUUAGCGGCAGGGUCGGGAUGUGAAUGUUACGUAAUGUUAAAGAACAUAAAACUGGAGUUUCUACACUUUUUUCAUGAAAUUUUACAAAAAAUAAUAACUACAAGCAAUAUUUUCAACGCUAGCGAUGAGAAACUCACGGUUUAUGUAACCAUUUAUUAACGUUCAGCCGAACGUUCAUUCACGUUAUCAAUAGAUUUCUUCGAAACCACUUUUUUAUUUAUCUCUCUAUUCAUAAUGAUGAACGACCCUAUGGAGCACGCUACCGGUAUUGAAAAGCGUGAACUUCUGGCCAAGGCCGCUGGUAACGAUAAUCCCUUCGACAUGAAAGUGUUCAAGCGUGGCGCUGGCACCAAAGACACUCCCAACCUGAUACCAUCAGCAUUCGAUGCCCGUAUUGUGGGUUGCAUCUGCGAAGAAGAUCAAACCUAUGUACAAUGGAUGUGGCUGCAAAAGGGCACACCAAAACGUUGCGAAUGCGGUCAUUGGUUCAAAUUGGUUGAAAAGGCUCCCGUUUAAAUCAAUUAAUUUAAUAAACUGCUAAUUUCAUUUUACUAAGCAAAAAGUAACCAAAUAAAUUCACAAAACCAACCACAAAACUCUAAAAUAAUAGUGAAAUAAAAACCGAGAGCUUCAUGCAAGAAUAUCAACGUUUGAAAGAGUUGCAAGCUAUGUUGGAUGCUGCUUUGCUAAAGCCAAAAAUCACCACUGGCAUAGAAUUACAUAAAUAAUAAAUGAAAUAUUAUUACAGUGUUCUGUAAUAUUUAAUGUUAACUGUAUGCGAUGAAUAGAACACAUACUGCAGUGUCGAAGACAAAAGCCUUGUUUGUUAUUAAUUUAUAUCGGUUUAUUUUUGCUUUCGGAAGGAUUUCUGUCGCAACAAUUUUUCUACUUUUUUCUUAAUUAUCCUUAGUGGUUUAGCGUCUUUUUUAUUGCCAUCAAUAAGAGUGAAGUCUUCAAUGCUAAACGAUAAUCGCACCAAUUAAUUAUCUCUGUAGUCGAGUUGUUUUUGAAAAAGUUUAAUAAAUACAUAUAAUUUUAUUAAUAAUUGAAUAGUUAACCAACAUUCUUUCAAUGUUACUGUAGACUGAACUUAAGUAGCAGUAAAAAAUAUUAUUUUAAGUAUAGGAGACGCAAACAAGUAAUUUUUGUGUGAAGUAGGCUUCGCAUUUUUUGUAAAACUUGAUUAUUUAAAAUUGAAAAUAGCAGCGAUUAAAAGUAAAUUUUGAGAUAUUUGUCUUUAUCUGAAGUUACGAAGCAAUAAUCUCCUACAAAAGUAUGGCCUUAAUAAUAAUCAACUAUUCACUUGCACUUCGGAAAACCGCUUUUAAAGUCGUUUUCAAUUCGGUGCGUCGCAUCUCAAGUACUAAAAUAUGUUUAGCGGAAAUGAAUGAUCCCAUGGAUCACGCAACUGGCAUAGAGAAACGUGAAUUGGAACAAUGGAAGUCUGGUAAUAAAGAUCCUUGGUUGCUCGAUACGGUCUUGAAACGCGGACCCGGCACCAAGGAGCAGCCAACAAUGAUACCAUCUGCAUUUGAUGGGCGUAUUGUGGGUUGUUCCUGUAAGGGCAAUCGCUUUGUGAACUGGAUGUGGCUUGAAAAAGGUGCACCAAAACGUUGUGAGUGUGGAUUCUAUUUCCAAUUGAAGGAAGUAAAACCGGUUUAAGUCAAUAUAUAAACAAGAGUGUACGUCAAUAAUUUACAUACAUACAUAUGACUGUAUUUAAUUAUAGUAAAAUAAUUAUUAUAAACUAAAACUGUUAA